AUGAUUUCAGAUAUAUUAUAUAAUCCAUAUUGCUCUACUGCAUAUUAUUUCCCAUAAUUUCUUAACUACUAAUAGCAACUUGUUCAAUAUAGUAACUAAUAGUUUAAAUUAGCAUAAAGUGAUUUUUUAAUAAUAGAAUGUUCUGGUGCAAUCUCCAUAAUUUAAAUAUGAUUCGAGAAUAUAGCCACUCAACUUCUUCAUUAAUUAUCAACAAGAAGCACCUUAAAUAAAUAAUACAAAUUAAAAUAAUCAUUUAAUCGAAGAAAAGUUAGGAAUUUAAGAAAAAUGCUCAUUAAGUGAAGAAGACUCUAUAACUAGAGCAAAUGGUAUAAAUUUUCUUAAUUACAAGGCCAUUGGACCAAAUUAGAGUAAUAAUAAUAUAUGGAAUUUGUCUAGAGUCACUAAUCUAUAUUAAAAUCUAAAUAUGACAAAAAAUCUAAAAAAAUUUUCAAACUCAUGAGUUCAUUCAUACCAACUAGAACAGCUACAUAAUGUAGAUCUCAUCAUUAAAAAUUUAAUCCUUUAAAAAAAGAAAAGAAGAAAUUAAAAUAAGUAUUUCGAUAGGUCCCUACUGUGAUUAUUCCAUAAAGUUGA